AUUACCCACUUAGGUGCACCCGGCGCAGGCAAGGGCUCACUCUGCAAGAAGCUCGCUGAGAAUUAUCACUACCAUCACCUCUCAGUCGGAGACCUCUUGCGCGAGCAAUGCCGUUUGAAGAGGUUGAGGCCAGAGGCCACCCAGGCAAUUGGAAGCAACGUCUUGAUUGACGUUGAAGACCUGAUUCCUAUUCUCCGAGGUGAGGUCGAGAGGUUGGAGCUAGAAGGGAAGAAGAACAUCGUGAUUGAUGGUGUUCCCCGGGUGCUGGAGCAGGCAGGACCUAUCAGGUCGCCAGAUCUGGUCUUUCUCUUUAACUGUCCGGAAAAGAUCGCUAGACAGAGGUUCAUGACUAGGAAUAUUCCUGGUCAGGUGGAUGAUAGAGGGACGUUUGAUCAGAGAUACUGUUACUAUAUUGCUGAAAAUGCUAGGAUUAUAGAGUAUUAUCGUCGCAGGGGGGUUUUGGUUGAGGUAGAUGGU